UGAAGGAUAUCAUGAGGGUUGUGGUCCUGUGGGGCCUUCUGCAUCUGCUGUGUCAAUACACAGCGGUUAGUGGCCACGUUUUGGGAAGGACGUCGUCUGCUGAUGACUUGGCCCAGCUAAAGUCUUUGCUUGAGCGCUUCGAGGAGACUCUGGCAGAAGCAGCGCAAGAGGACACCUCUGAAUCAGACUACACAACGACGAACCAAGAACCGGAACGCACCCAGUCCAACCGAGGAUGGAACGUGGAGCUGGACAGGGACCAAGAACCCGCGACGGCAGAACGAUCCCAACCGGUGGUUGAGAGCCAGAACCGGGCCACGAUUCAGAAGAACCGCCUACUGGACCUGCUGUUGACAGCCAGAAAGAGGGCAUCGGGCUGCUUCGGUGCCAGGAUGGACCGAAUAGGGAACGUUAGCGGUCUGGGCUGCAACACGAGUAGAGGAUAAGAAGACUCUCCUAUGGGAUACGUCAUUGAUUCUCCUACUGUUUGUUCACAGAUGUUAUAUUGAUAUUAUAUUGAAAAACUGUAAUGGAUUAUUUGAAUAUUCCAUGACAUUGUACUGUAUGCUGUAAAACAAUCGCACACCAUAAUUGCAUGUGGGCUGCUUAUAAAUAAAGAAAAAAAAUAUGUA